AUGGAGGCGGAGAAGGCAUGGUCCACUCGGACUCAAUGUCUCCAGCCUCCCGCGGAAUCUGGUCGAAGCUCUGUCGGAGGUCGUCCAGGCAUCUCUGGAUUCCCUGGUGGCCGUGGACCCAAAGGGACAGAGGGGGGAAACCCAGGUCGGGAUUCUUAUGGUCCUGAAGGUCUUCCUGGAAGUCAGGGCUUUCCUGGACCUCCAGGUCUCCCUGGACCACCGGGCAGUACAUCAAACCUGUUUUCCACUGGACCACCUGGUUUUCCAGGUCAGCCUGGUCCAAGAGGACGUCCUGGAGACAGAGGUUUUAAAGGGUUUAAAGGAGAAAAUGGCGACUGCAACUGUUUGGGUGGAGGAAACGAUUGGUGCACAAGGACCUCAAGGGCCUCCUGGGCCCAAGGGUUUUGUAGGAAUCAGGGAGUAAAGGGAGAAAUUGGUGACCUAGGCGUCCCAGGACCCCGUGGUCCACAGGGCCUUGAUGGUCGUGCAGGUGACAGAGGCUUUAAAGGACGUAAAGGAGAGAAAGGUAAUUCUUUCUUCCCAGAAGGCAGAGGGCAAAAAGGUGAUAUGGGUCAACAGGGUCUUCCUGGACCACUUGGAGCGAGCGAGCGGCACUAA